AGCUGAAACUCUAAAACACUGCCACCUGUUGACCAUGCGCAAAUGAGUCAGAGCGUUCCAAAAUCGUGCCUGCUAACUAUAGUAUAGAAUACCAUGGCCGAAUAUCCCUUUCGUUACUCUAGACUCUCUCCCUGCUUUCUCCUCUUCAUCUUACAUUGUCCUCGUUGAGUCAUUCGCAUCGUUAACCGUCAGUUGUAUCAUCAAUUCGCUCAUAAGUCUAAGCGUUACAUUCGCUCGAAACACCGAGCUACCGCCAUGUCGGAAUCAACCCUCUACCCAAAGAUCCGAACGAAGCUCAAGGAGAUCAUCCACGAUCUUCAACUCAUCCACGAAUUCGCCUCGGAAUGUCCCCCGCCCACCAAGCUCAUGGUAACUGGCACUGUCAAGCUGCACGGCACACACGCCGACAUCCUCAUCUACCCAGACAACACCAUCGUGCUGCAGUCCCGCAACUGCCUCAACCUCAGCAUCACCGCCGACAACCACGAAUUCGCAGCUUCCAUGGCCACCAAAACUGCCGCUCUUCUCUCCCUCCGCGACCGCUACUACGAGCGCUCCAAGCGCUUAUUUCCCAAAGUUGUGAUCGACGAGCACGCCCCUCUCAUCCUCGCCGGCGAGUGGAUCGGCCAGAACAUCCAAAAGGGCGUCGCGCUCGUGCACCUCAGCAAGCGCUUCGUCAUCGUCUCCGCCAGCCUGAACGGCGGAUGGGAGCCAGACCUGCUCUACGCAGGCCUAGAAAGCGAAGCCGACGGCAUCUACAACAUCUCGCGCGCGGGCUUUUACCACGCCGCGAUCGACCUUGCGGACCCGGAGGCCACGGAGCAGCGGCUGCAGGGCAUCGCUGAGGAGAUCGCCGCCGAGUGCCCAUUCGCGAAAACGUUUGGGGUGAAGGGGGCUGGGGAGGGUGUGGUGUGGAAGUUUGAUAGCUUUCCGCAUAGGGAAAGGGUGUGGUUUAAGACGAAGGGUGGGCCCUUUAAGCCGAAUUACGCGCCCAGGCCGACGAAGGGUCCGCCGUCUGAUAAGGUAUUGGACGAGCAGAGUGCGCAGCAAAAGACAGCGGUGGACUGUGCCAAGGCGUGGUGUUCCGAGGGGCGGCUGGAGCAGGCGUGGGACUACCUGAGGGAAACGGGUAAGGAGAGGAAUAUCAAGGGGCUAGGGCUAUUCUUGAAGUGGAUCGUGGAGGACAUCUUGGUGGAAGAGAGGUGGGAUAUGGAGCAAUUGGGAGUUCAGCCCGGUCUGCUGAAGAAGGCUAUCGCUGACAUUGCGAAGCCUUGGUAUAUCGGGAAGAGUGGGAUAUAUGCAAGUUAAGUAACCAGACUGUACAUACAGUAGCGAGAUAUCAAAUCGUCGACACUGCUGUCGCCAAAUUGAGGAUUUCAGAUCAAUGUUCGUAACUAGUUCUUCUGCGAUUGCUAUGUGAUUCUCACCUUUCAUCGGGGUUCUAUAUUUCUCCUAGUUUUUAGAGUCGUCCACUUCUGUCUAAUUCACUGCGUUGAUAUUUUCCUUCUGACCUCUUAGAGAUAUCCACCAGAUAGUGCGUAUCUGCAACCCGUAGUUCCC